AGCUUUGUCUUUCCUUCCAGCGGUCGCAUUUAUGUCUUCUUCUUCACCCUUCUCGUCUACGUAACUUUCCAUGCCUCCCGGAAGCCCAUCAGUGUAGUGAAACCUGUGCUGCACCCCAAUUGCACGGAAAUCGCCCAGAAGGAAAAUAAGACAAUCGUCCCUGAAAAUGCAACUUUCUGCAUGUGGGCACCGUUUGGUAAGACAUCCUCUGUAAUCACUGACCAAAGCUUGCUCUUCUUAUCUACACCCUUUCAAAAACAGAGUCCUAAAUUGGGAAGCUUCUUUACCGCGGUUGCCUCUAAAUGGCGGAGCAUCCUAGAACGCAGUGGCGGUUGCUGUAAACUUCAAUGCUUCUGUCUGCUGCCUGUAUCACCCCCCUCGGUCUUCCCUAUUUUUAGUGGCCAUGUGGCUGAACGAAUGGACCUCCGCGUGUUUCUGACGAUUGGUUGCCUACUCUCCGGCCUCACUACCGCCCUCUUCGGCCUGGGCUACUUUUGCGACAUUCACCAUCUGCCCUUCUACCUUGUUGCCCAGGUACGUGUUGCCUCUGCCCCCCACAGUUCUUCAUAA